GAUGGGCUGCUUGGCUUUGGGUGUCUGAUAACAGGGGGUUCUAGUCGACAAGACAUGGAGACUUUAUUGUGACAGGACAAGAUCCCUGAGUGGAGGUCAAUGACCGUUGCCAUCCAGGACCACGAGAAGAACAAAUCAGGGAAGUGAUGACUUCCGGCUGCUGUGUGACAGUUCAUCGAAACACACCAAAGCACUCAGCUUCCCUAUAUCACGCACACUAGACUCAGCAGCUCACGAGGCAGGAGUCUGAUGAUCUUAGAUUCGCAUCAAUAUGUCAAGUCAAAGUGAGCCCACGAACAAAGGAGACAAUCUACUGCAAACACCUGAACAGGACCAUGGCUUACCAAGACUCAAACAGUUUUCACCUGUGCAUGCACGUAAACUGGGGUUGACAAGGAAAUUGAGAGGGAGGGAUUUUAAAGAAGAUGAAAAUCCAGAAGAGAAAGCAAGGAGACACAAGGAGAUGGAGCUCAAGCCUCUGUAUAAGGAGCUUCUGUACACCAUCGCACACAAAAUGGGUAAACCGUCUUCAAAUGAGGUUUUCACAGAUGACCAGCUUCGACGGUACAUCCGAGAGGCUUUCACUAUGACAGAAUCAGAGCAUGACAGUCUGCUGGAGAAAGUACAGAGCACAGAGCCCCCAGUAUAUUGUCUGAUGGCCACUGUCAAAGAAGCCAAGGGAAUUCUGGGAAAAGACAUCAGUGGUUUGAGUGAUCCAUACUGCUUGCUCACUAUAAUGGAGGAUGAGGAGGAGAGUCGGACCCGCCAGUCCAGAGCCAAACCCCUUAAAUCGGUCGUAAAGGAUGCAGUAUCACAUGAUAAAAUCUACCAAACAGACAUUAAAAAGCAAACUCUUAACCCCAUCUGGAACCAAACGUUCAUACUAGAAUUUGGACAUUUUGCAGGUGCCAGCUUCCACCUUGAGAUGUGGGACAAGGAUGAAGAGGUGUCACUCACACAGAAACUAGAGGAGUUCACAACCAACCUAAAUAAUUUAAGAAGGAUGAUCAAGGAGGCCAAAAAAGAAAAAGGAACAGAUGACUUUUUGGGAAAAGUAGUCAUAAAACUGAAGGAGCUCCACUGUACUGAAGACAACUGGUACACUCUGGAGCCCAGAACAGAGACUUACCCUGAUCGUGGCCAGUGCCACCUUAACCUCAAGUUCAUCCACAAAGGGAGAGAUGGGACCCUGAGCGCCGGCCGAAGUGCUUACGUCAACUACUGUGGCAUUCUGCAGCAGUUUGUCCAGGCUUACAUCUCAAAGCAACAGAGUUCUGCCCCGUGGAAAGGGGAGUUGUGCGGCGAGGCCCAGACUCUGCUCGAACUGUACGCUACGCAGAACGACCUCUCACCUUUUCUUCAGGACCUGGCGAAAUGGGUGGCGUACAGUAAGUUGUACCAGAGCUUAGAAGUGGACUCGUCUGUGCUGUUACAGCAGCUCACGAGUAUAGAAUACCACUGGCACCAGCAGGAGCUGCCCUACCAACAGAAACAGGAACUUGGGGACUCUCUUCACGGCUUCCUGCAGUACGGCCUGUGUCUGGUGGCCAAAUACAGAGACAUCUUCCCUCCAACACCCACUGCUACUCCAAAACUACACAGACUGCUCAGGAUAUUGGUCCAGAUCUGUAAGACACAGGCUUUUCAGAAAUUAAAUCCAGCUCAGUUUGACCUUCAUGAUGAGGUCAGCGAUGCCAUACAGAAAGGUACAGAGGACUGGUUCAUCAUCAAAAAGGGUCUGCAUCAGCCGAUGACUAAGGACCUCUCAGAGAUUGGGAGCGCCCUCUCUAGGUUAAUUGGGGAGGUGCAGGAAGACAUAAAACACAACAAGGACGUCUGGAACAGAGUAUUUGUGAGUGCUGUGCAAGUUGAUGUGUUCACUGUCAUCUAUAAGAGGUUUGACUCCAUGAUUGCAAAAGAAGUGAGGGAAACCUUGUCGUUAAUGGAGGAUCAGAUGGAGCAGCAACUAGCCAACAGCCUGUUCCCAGUUUAUCUGAGCUUGCAGGCCAUCUACAAAGACAAAGCUUUCUUACAGAAAAGGGGAGUGCUAGAGCUGACAAACUUUCAUGAGGGUUUCCGAGAGGCUCUGCCUUACUGGCUGAACCAGGCGUUCAGCACCACUCAGGACAGGGUGGAGAGGGCUGUCCAGGUGGACCAGCUCCAACCACUGCAAACUGGUGUUGUACCAAUAAAACACAGCUCCUCAGCAGUGGACCUGGUGGCGUGCAUCCAGCCCAUCUGCCAGCUGUGGGACCAGCUGUCCUGGCCUGACCCCGAGGAGGCUUUCAUGCUCAUGGUCAAAAUCACCGAGGAUGUUUGUAAAAUUGUGGUGAACUAUUGUAAAAUCCUAAAGGAGAGAGUCAGGGUGCUGUCUGAGAACUCUGACCACGGCUCUGCUAUUAACAUGUUGUGCGUGGUUGUGAACGACCUGGAGCACUUGCGGACUGUGUUGACCCGACUUCCCACACAGCUGAACUGGGCAGGGCUUCGAGACAGGACUCACGAUGUGAUAGGAGAAAGCCAGUUCAAAAACACGCUGCCAUCACAGCUCCAGCAGGCCCAGAGCAUCUUGGGCCGAGAGAUCCGAUCAGCUUUAGACACUCUUGGGAAGAAGUUAAACACAGACAUUGAAACACACGUCAGAAGCAUGUCGACCAGACGGAGGAUUCCCUCCAAAUCCACAGAGGAUGCUGCAGCCCCUCUUAUGCGCUACCUAGAGCAGGAGCUGCAGUACAUGAAUGAAAACUUAGUUCAAGAGAACUUCAACAGUCUCCUGACUCCUCUGUGGAAUAACUCAGUGAAAAUCAUCCACCAGGUGGCUAAUCAGCAUCAACAGCAAGAGGGGCUAAUGGUGUUCUCCCAGAGGUUACUAUAUACACUGCAGUGCCUUGAGCAGUGCUUCCACGCUGAGGGAAACGGACUUCCUCUGAAUAAACUUCACUCUGAUGAGUACAAGGCCCUUAAAAGUCACCUCACUCACCACUCCCUGAAUAGCCAGCAGCUUGUGGAAAAGUACCUUGAAGGGAAAGUGUUUGAGCAGAAAGCAUACAGUGGGGAGAAAUACGGCGCUGUCACCCUCCUAGCAUCCUACAGAAAAUCAGACCAAAAACUCCGAAUUGAGGUGCUGAAUGCAGUCAACCUCCUACCAAUGGAUUCUAAUGGUCUCAGUGAUCCAUUCGUGCAUCUGUGUCUGGAGCCUUACCACAUCUUUCCCGAGGUAGAACCUCGCUGCACUCAGAUCAAAAACUGCGAUCUCAACCCCCUUUUUGACGAGGCCUUUGAAUUUCUGGUUUCACUGGAACAGUGUCAGGCCCACAGUGCUUGCCUGGUGAUCACAGUCCUGGACCACGACACCUUGAGGUCAGACGACUUUGAAGGCGAGGCCUUUCUGUCCCUCAGAUCAAUACCGGGAGUUGUUAAAGAAUCCAAAGGAGAUGGACUCAGCUUACAGCCAAAUGACGUUCCUGCUCAAAUCCGCUUGCCUCUGAUGCAUCCUAAACCUAAUGACAACAACAUCCUGCGGUUACUGGAGUCCAGGAAAGGAGACCGGGAGGCGCAGGCUUUUGUAAAGAAGCGAAGACAGAGAGAGAAACAGUCACAGGAGACCAUUCAGUCAUAAUGAACACACAGAAACAAGCUGUUCCUCCAAAAAUAUACAAUUUGUUUUAAUGAUCUGUACCAAAAACAAUGAAAAAAAUCCACUCAGAGGGAAACACUGGUGUUGCAUGAGUUGUGUGUGGACCUUAUGCUGAGCAUGAGUUUACCGAAGACCAUCACAGUGAUCAUGAACACUUUGAGCCUCACACAGCUUUACAUACCUGUAUGCUUCCUGAUGCUUUGUCUAAUCAGUGCAAGAGAUAAGUAUGACAUCACUUAACUAUGUGUGUGUGUGUGUGUGUGUGUGUGUGUAUAUAUAUAUAUAUAUAUAUAUAUAUUAUAUAAGACUACAUUUGACGCUGAAAUGUCAAAGAUUACUACAAAUGCUAAAAUAUUGGCAGAGAAACCUGUUGCGCGUUGAUUUAAACACAGCAAUGGGGCCAGUUUUAAUAAAAAUACUUAUGUCUGAGUUAACAUGAAAAAGUAAAAAUUAAAAAUAUGUCUUUUCAAAGAGUACACAAGUU